AUGCCUCAAUCUUAUUCAUUAUCAAGCUUCCCUCUAAGUUAUGGACUAUACGAUGAAGAUAAGAAUAAAUAUGCUUAUCUUCAUCUUCGUGGAGAUUUUAUUUUUGAUUUUUUGAUAAUACCAAAGCUAAAGAUUCUUAUUUCGUAUUCAUGUUUGCUUUUUCCGGGUUGUGUUGUAGCACUUGAAUCGGCAGUGAGACAGGAAAGUUGCGCUCAGCUGAGCUGCUGGAAGGCUAUCAGAAGUUCAAACACAGUUUCGUUCAUAGAAGCCAAUAAUAUUAAUAGAAACAGAAAGAAAAUAAUAAUAAACAACGUCAAUUUUAAACCACUCAAGAGAUACUUUAUUAAUCGUGUCACGUUACAAGAUGGUUAUGCCUCAAAAUCUGAAAAUGAUGGUGAUAACGCAACUAGCUUUCUGGAGGUUUUUUCCCAGAAACUUAACGCGUUUUAUCGUUUUAGUCGACCUCAUACCGUUAUUAGCACUAUUAUAGGGAUAAUAUCGGUUUCCCUUCUUCCGGUAGUAAAUGUUGCUGAUUUGACUCCCACAUUUUUCAUGGGAUUAUUGAAGGCUUUGGUGCCCUCAAUAUUGAUGAAUAUUUACAUUGUGGGUUUAAAUCAGUUGUUUGAUGUUGAAAUAGACAAGGUUAAUAAGCCCGAUCUUCCCGUCGCUUCUGGUGAUUUCUCGAUGGGAACUGGAACUGCAAUUGUUUCCGCAGCUUUAUUGAUGAGUCUGGGUAUGGGGAUUAUUUCUAAAUCUCCACCACUGGUUUUUGCUCUCCUCAUAGGCGGUCUGCUUGGAACUGUUUAUUCCGUCGAGCAUCCCUUUCUUAGAUGGAAGAGACACCCAUUUCUGGCUGCAAGUUGCAUCCUGUUUGUGAGGGCACUUGUAAUUCAACUUGCUUUCUUUAUACACACUCAGAAAUAUGUGCUCGGUAGACCUAUAGUAAUCACAAAAUCAUUGUUAUUUGCCACCGCUUUCAUGUGCUUCUUCUCUACUGUUAUAGCACUAUUUAAGGAUAUACCUGAUAUAGAUGGCGACAGAUAUUUUGGCAUCCAAUCCUUUAGUGUCAGCCUAGGUCAAGAAAGAGUAUUUUGGCUCUGUGUUCAAAUGCUGUUGAUGGCUUAUGGAGCAGCUGUAAUGGUGGGAGCUUCUGCAUCUUCCCUACCAAUUAGCAAGCUUGUUACUAUACUGAGCCACUGCACACUCGCCUCCUUUCUGUGGCUUCGAGCUCGAUCUGUUGAUCUCUCAAGUAAAGCAUCGAUAACUUCUUUUUACAUGUUCAUUUGGAAGUUAUUCUAUGCUGAGUACUUCCUUAUUCCAUUUGUACGCUAAGAAGAAUUGGAUUUUCGAGUACUUUAAAGCUCCCUUUUCCUUUAUUCCUAUA